ACCACGCCAUUAUUCACCCUCCUUUAUUUCUACUCUGUCUAUACUUAUUUUUCUCGACUUAUACAGCAGCUCGUCUAUGAUGGAAAUUCGACUGUAUCUAAACGUUCUCGAGUCACUGUUCGGUUGAAAAUUGUAUGUUACCACUGAAUAUGAGUACUGAAGCAGUUUUUCUGAAACCAUGUGCACCAUUCAAACUGGCUGCCUUCAACGUUCGCACAUUUAUGCAGGUCGGACAACAGAUAGGGCUGGCUAUGUCUUUGAAAACUCUUAAUAUUGAUGUUUGCUGUCUAUCCGAGACUCGUGUUCAAGACUCUGGUGAAGUACUACAAAUUCGCUCUCCAUCUGUCGCUUCAAAAAGCUUGUUUCACGUGCGCUUAUCCGAGGACCCUGUGGCAUCUCCGUCUGGUCUUGCUGGCGUUGGUGUCGCACUAAGCGCUAGAGCUGAGGCAGCACUAAUCGAUUGGAUCCCCAUUAACAGUCGGUUAUGUGCUGUUAGAUUAGAGAGUUCCAUCAAAGUGAGAAGAAAUCGGCGUGAGAAACGAUGUCUUUUCGUCAUCUCCGCCUAUGCCCCGACAGAUUGCAGCCCGGAUGCAAUCAAGGAUGAGUUUUACCACCAGUUAUCUGUUCUUCUCCAGAAAGUGCGUUCGACAGAUAUUGUAGUACUAGCCGGAGACUUGAAUGCUCAGGUCGGGCGUCUAGGCACAGAAGAGAGUCGUUCAGGUGGCCGAUGGGGACUUGUUGGUCGCAGGUCAGAUAACGGGGACCGUCUACUGCAACCGUGCACAGACCACAACCUGUUUCUGGCUAGCACUAACCUUCGGCACAGUCAUCGCCGAUGUGCCACCUGGCGUCCUCCCUCUGCAUCCCAAGCCUGGACUCAGAUUGAUCACAUCGCGAUCAGCUACCGCUGGCGUGGUUGUGUACAAGACUGCCGCUGCUUUUGGAGUACCUAUCUGGACUCUGACCAUGCCUUGGUCUGCGCCAAUCUUACCUUACUUUUCAGUGGACAACGAAGUGACUGCCACCAACGGAUUGAUGUUAGCAAGCUGGUUUCAACUUCUGUUGCAAGUAAGUAUCGAACCGAGCUAAUUUCUAGGCUAGCUACCAUUUCACCGAAAAGUAUAGAUGAGCAUUGGUUGCAAUUGCAUGACGCCAUGAAAAUGGCGGGAACAGUCAGUUGUGGGUUUGCGAAACGUCCCGCUUUUAAGCACUGGGUUUCUUCUGGUUCCUUACAACUCAUUGAAGCCCGUCGGUCUUCUCCGGGUGACCGUGAGUUUGAUCACAAACGAAGGAUGUUACGUAAGAAAAUUGGGCAAAGCUUGCGUAAGAACCGAGAAGCCUGGUGGUCGGAGCGUGCUAGUGAGCUGGAAGCAGCAGCUGCAUCUGGUAACUGCCGGAAGCUCUUCCAACUCAUCCGAGCCACUGGCAGCAAGAAGUCUGGUGUGAGCGAAACAAUCUACGAGGAUGACGGUACGCCAAUCACUAACAUCCAUCGACGUCUUGGACGAUGGGCAGAAUUUUUCGAAAGGCGGUUCAACUGGCCUGCUGCUCCGGUAACAUCGGUCAGACUGUCCUGCCCUCCAUGGCCGGUGACGACUGAUCCACCAAACGAAGAGGAAGUCCGCAAGGAAAUCCAACUCUUGAAGCGCUACAAAUCACCUGGCCCAGAUGACUUACGUCCGGCUGUUUUUAAAGAUGGUGGUGACUUUCUGACUAAGGAACUGACGACGUUGUUUACAAAGUUGUGGGAGCUAGAGAAUGUACCAACGUCAUGGAAUGAGUCGAUAGUUGUCCCUAUCUUUAAAAAGGGUUCACGUUGUUCCUGUAACAACUAUCGGGGGAUAAGUCUACUUCCGAUUGCGUCCAAGCUAUUGGCUCCCGUCAUACUUCGUAGGUUGUUAAAAACCCGAGAAAGAUUGACUCGCGAGGAGCAGGCUGGGUUUCGUUCUGGUCGAGGAUGUAUUGAUCAUAUCUUCACCCUCCGCCAAAUGUUAGAACAUCACCAUGCUUAUCAAAGGCCAACAAUCGUAGUGUUUCUUGACAUCAGGGCUGCCUUCGAUUCGUUGGACAGGACUGUUCUCUGGGAUUGUCUGUUGAAGAAGGGUGUGCCUGAGAAGUUUAUUAACAUCCUAAAAGCCCUAUAUAAAAACACAUCAGGCAGAGUGAGGGCAUACAACCACCUCUCUCCAUUGUUCCAUUCGAGCAGUGGGGUUAGGCAGGGUUGCCCGAUCUCACCAUUCCUCUUCAACUUUGCCAUCGACGACAUUCUGGAAACAGCUCUGAUGAAUGUAUGUAAUGGUGGUGUGGAUCUGUUGCCUGGAGAAAGACUUCUCGACCUUGAGUAUGCGGAUGAUACUGUCUUACUGUGCGAUAAUGCCCAAGGCAUGCAAUCCGCACUUAAUCAGUUGGCAAUCAGUGUCCGUAGGUAUGGUAUGUGCUUUGCACCUUCGAAGUGCAAAGUACUGCUACAAGACUGCCAGGAUUCUAAUCCUGUACUCACUCUGGAUGGUGAGCAGAUAGAAGUAGUUGAGAAGUUCGUGUAUCUAUGUAGCUGCAUGAGUGCUGGUGGUGGCGUGAGUGAUGAAAUCAAUACACGUAUAGUGAGAGCCAGAGAGGCUUAUGCCAAUCUGGGCCAUCUUUGGCGCCUUCGUGAUGUUAGUCUGGCUGAAAAAGGUCGGAUCUACAACGCGUCGGUGAGAGCAGUUUUGCUCUAUGCUUGUGAAACCUGGCCUCUCCGAGUUGAGGACGUUAGACGACUUUCUGUAUUCGAUCAUCGUUGUCUCCGAAGGUUUGCUGACAUCAUGUGGCAACAUCAUGUUAGUAAUGUAGAGGUUCGGCAUCGUGUGUUCGAGCACAGAGACGGUAAUCCAAUUGGUGUCACCAUCUUGAAACACCGAAUUCGGUGGCUUGGACAUGUUCUCCGAAUGUCGUCCCAGAGAAUUCCACGUCGUGCAUUAUUUGCCGACUCUGGGACUGGUUGGAAGAAGCGGAGAGGUGGUCAGUGCAUGACAUGGUGUCGUGGUAUGAAAGAAAGCUGCAAAGGACUGGCUUGUGUCGGUCUUUCACGACUCCCUGGUUGGGGUUCGAGAGGUGGUGCUACACAGUGGCUAGAGACGUUAUGAGAUAUGGCUGAGAAUAGAGGCCAGUGGCGAUCCUGCUGUAACCUUCUUUUACUUUCUUCAUAAAAUGUGGUUGUAUCUUCCUUAACUGAAAGAUUUCUUUUGAUUGUACCCUUCUGUUCCCCUACUAUUACGAUUAUUAUUACACUCCCUUAUACCAAUCUCUUCGUUAUUGUUUUUUUUAAUUAUUAUUAUUUCUAUUUUACGUUCCUCAUUUUUUUUCUUCUUAAAUUCUCAUUGUUUUGUGUGGCGCAUAUAUAUUCGGUGCACUCCUGUACCAACAUAUAUGUGUUCAAAUAAAAUAAUAAAAUAGAUCAUCAUCAUACCAUUAUCAUGUAUAUUCAUUGUCAAUUCUUUCUGUUGCUUUUGUUAACUGCCAUUUCACACAUAUACAAAAUGCCAGCGAACUACUGUACAGUAUUAUGAGGGUAUUCUGAGGGUAAUGUUCUACUACUAGAUUUGGAAGAGUAUGACAGCAGUUAAAUGUCUUAUUGAAGGGACCAAAAUUUCAGGCUAUAGGGCUUUUCCAAUCUUAAGAGGAAAGGUUAAGUUAGAUCAGACUAAAAUAUUGCAUUUAGACUGGGUUUUUAGCUUUCUGUUCUUGCAGGUUAGCUUUCUUAGGGCUCUGAUUGAAGCACUUAGCUACUAUUAUCCACAACCAGACUUGUGCUGAUGUAUCUCAAAGUUGUUUUACCGUAAUGUAUUUUCUUUAUCAGGAACUUUGAGGUAUCACCCUCAUUGAGUUAGAAAACCUAAAAGUACCCUUGAACAUUCUUGUUGGAUCCAAUAAAUUUCCAUAAAUUUGAAUAGAGUAAUAACAACAAGGGUAGUAAAAUAAGGUGAAUUCAUUUAUUUUGUGUCUUCUCGGCUGCUUACAACCUAGAAAAAUGAAUAUUUAUAACCAGUGUACAAAAUUUAUAGUGAUUAGAAUAACAUCAGCAGUUAUGGAUGAAUUACAAAUUACCAAGGUGGGUGAAUAUUUUUGUCACUAAAUGUGAGAAUUCCAGAAAAAUUUUAAAACACAUGGAGACCCGUUCCUAGAAAAUAAAUAUUAAAGUUACGUAAUAACAACCAUAGCAUUUGCUAGAAUGUCAGAUUAAGAUGAGUGAAACUUAAGAACAUAAAGCGAAUUUGUUAGUGCGAAUAUGAAAUUGCAUAAUUGAUUAGUGAAAAGAUUUGCAGCCGCUUACUUUUUGAAUACAUGAUACUUCCAUACCUGUGGUUAUUCAACUAAUCGUUAAUAUGACGUAAAUUAUGUACAUUGGUUACGAAUAAUUAAUACUAUUUUUUUCAUAAACAUAGUUCCCUUUAUCAUUUUGAAGAAGGCAAGAACAAAGAUUCUAUCAGAGUAGCGUGAAUUCGUUUUAUUUCCUUUAGUUCUCAUCAUCUACUUAUAACCUAUGAUAUUUAAAAAUAGCUACAAAAUGUGUUUAAAUUACUUACAUGAGAGAGUUUAUUUGGACGUUAUUUUGAAGACACAUCAGUGUAGUAUAGCAAGAGUGUAAAUGAAUUCAAUAGACUGAAUAUUGUAAAUAUAUACUUUAUGUAAAAGAACAUUCUACAACACUGGUUGUAACAAGAGUUCGAAGGGUCAAAAACAAAUGAUCUCGAUGAGUAAACGCUGAUAGGAAUAAAACGAGUAAAGCUCACUUAAUAAAAUAAGAUUACUAAUCUGGAAUAAAGUCGAAAUAAAAAGACUCAAGGGUGUAAUAAGUGCAAGAAAGAGUUGAAAAUUUUCUUACGAUGCAACGGAGGAAUAUCUGUCUGUAAGGCAAGGAAAGAAUUAUAACCGUCUCCUUUUGAGCACAUAAAUCAGGUUUUUGACGCCCAUCAGCAAUGGCUCCAGUAAACUUCAGAAGACUGGAGCUAGACUAUUUAAUAAUCACCUUGGAAUAUUGCAUGGUAUCGACCUGAUGUUCUGCAUCCAAGAGAUGUGUGGUAAUUACACUUUAAAGUCGUUCCUUCUCUUGUUCUAAGUGUUAUGACUUGUGGCCGGUUAAUAUAUCACGUGAUAAGGUAACCAAUCAGAAUACAACAUAUACGGUCUUAAUACUGUACCACGACAAUAACGUAUUGACCGGUAUGAGCAGCCUAGCUUCCUUAUUUGUCCUUUUCCUGCCUAGCCCGUCCUGUUGAGUCCAGAACGCUGAUAACAGCUUCCACUGUAAGAAUAAUAUAUUUCAAACAUACUUGGUUUAUAUGCAAGCCAACCAGACAAUAUCUUAUCAUAAAAUAGAAAAUAAUAAUUGUACACGACCAAGUCAAACUGUGGCUGUGAUUGUGAGACCCUGUAAUUAAUAAACUGGGUAUAACUUAAGGGUAGCAAAUCGUAUAAUAAUAGUCUAUAGGUCAAAAUAAAGCUUAUAAUAAGAGAAAUAUAAAUAUGCAGAAUCUAGUUACUCAGUAGUUAUACAAUAAUAGUAUUAGUCCAUUAAUAGCUCUCAGGAGUUACCAUAAUUUAAUCUUCUCUAAAAUCUAACACUAAGGCUUUUUGGAACACGUUCGAAAUAUCAAAGAUGUACCCCCUUUUUUGUUCGACCAAUGUAGCUGCUUUGGCAGGUAUACUUAAAUUUAUAAACACAGUUGAUGGUAACACGAAAGGGGUGCUUGUUGAUCUUUGAUUGGGUUAUUGAACGUGUUUUAUACGGAAUUAAUAGCUUGGCUGCCGGGUAAGUUCUGGCUUAUGCAGUAUUAAGCCUCUUGUUGAUUGCGCUUGCAACGUCAUCACCUUUGAAGGUAUGAUUUAUGAAUAUUGGUUUUUUAUUGACUGUAGUCACUUCCAUCUUGUUUUCUCUAGGCUUCUUUAUAUUUGUCAAUAAAUUACAUUGGGAACAGUUGUCUCUUAGGUAUUUUUCAACGUUCAUCACUUUUUCCAGUUUGUCGGUGGUACAUAUCUAACCACUGCCCAUAUCUAGGAUGCAAGACGACAUCAACAAAAAAGGAAUUAUCAAUCACUGUUGCGUAGUAAACAGUUAGUCGGUAAUCACUGAAAAGGAAAUAAAAUCCAAAACAAAAAAACCUACAUAAACAACUGUUGAACCCUGGUAGUUAUGCCGUGCUUCUAUUUUGCCUCUUCUCCAGAAGGGCCAACCGGCUUUACCGACUAUGGAUUAAUUGAUGUUAGACCACCGUUGGAAACCUGGGAGCACUGGACGGCC